AUGGCUGAUACAACAUCGGAUAGCGUAUGUCCCACACUGCGCGACGAGGAGAAGACAAGCGACCGGGAUGAAAAGCCCAAUGAUGACGCAGCAUCAACUUCAACACCAAGCGAAACCCCCAAUGAGGAAACAGAACAACCUCCAGACGGCGGUCUUCAAGCCUGGCUUCAAGUCGUAACAGGCCAUCUCGUAGCCUUCAACUCAUGGGGCUACCUAAUCUCCUUCGGCAUCUUCCAACCACACUACGAAGCCGAAUUCUCUCUCCCACCGUCCACAAUCUCCUGGAUAGGCAGCUUGGAAGUCUGUCUCAUCUUCCUCAUAGGGACAUUCUCCGGGCGGGCCUUUGACGCAGGGUAUUUCCGCCAUGCCCUAGCUGCAGGUCUGUUUCUUCAGAUCCUGGGUGUCUUCAUGACUAGCAUCGCAUCGAAGUACUGGCAGGUUCUCCUCGCGCAGGGGAUAUGUCAGGGUUUAGGAAAUGGAAUCAUUUUUGCGCCGACUAUAGCUAAUAUCUCGACGUAUUUUACGAGCAAGAAGACGAUUGCUAUUUCGGCGGGGGCGUGUGGUGCUGCGACUGGUGGUAUGGUGUUUCCGCUUAUUGCGCAGCAGCUUUUACCCAAGAUUGGAUUCCGCUGGACGGUGAGAGUCAUGGGAUUAGUGGUCACUGUUGCGUCAGGGAUCAUAUUACUUCUUGCGAGAACAAGACUUAAAGCGAGAAAAGCUGGACCGCUCGUUGAAUGGGCAGCGUUCAAAGAGCCUGCAUACGUAUUAUUCGCCGUGGCCAUGUUUUUCACUCUGUGGCCAACUUGGAUAUCAUACAACUAUGUAAGUCCUCACCUCUCUACUCAUGAGAUGUAA